AUACUAAUAAAAGACACUGAUCAACUGAGGAAACAAAUACAGAAAUUCAUACAAGUCUGCCCAUAAUCACAGUGUAUUUCAGGUGCUAUUAAACGUGCCUUCUUUGCACUCGCCCCCAUGCUUAAACAGACUGUACACACCGCCCCUUAUCAGGACACUCAUAAUAAAAACUGCACUCUGCUCCAGUGAGUUUUCCCUCCCAGUCUCAUACCUGAGAGAACUUGUGGCUGGAUCGAAGGUUCAUUCAGUGGUUUGUUACUCCACUGUCAUUUUGGCCCAUUAAGAGUUCAUCCACCAGGUUUAAGGAUGUUUAUGGACUACGGUACCUUUCUAGAGAUCUUCCUGGGUGUCCUGGGUUUUGGUCUUGCCAUCAUGUUCUGCACCACUUUCUGCAGAGCAUGCAGUCGCCUAAGGGAGGAGCGUAUAUCACGGGGAUCUAUAAGACAUAGUGACCAGGGCAGGCUCCCGCAGUCCAUAUAUUUCAUUCCCUUCCCCAGGAGCAUAUCACAGCAGGACAGCGAAGAUCAAGGUGGUGAUGCCAUGAGACCACCACGAUACAGCACAACAGUUUACCCAGGACCCCCACCUGCCUAUAAUGAGCUGGAAUUUAAGCCUGAUGAUCUCCCACCUGCUUACAAUGAACAAAGCAUUUCUAUGUAUCCCGUAACACCCCCACCGCCUCACCCAGACAUGGUUCAACCACAGGCACAGUGACAACCAUAAGGAAAAUCAUUAUAGUGUCGAAGUUACGGACACUCACGAUAUUGCACUGCCUCGUGGACAUAAGUAACAAGAAGUUCUAAUCUUUUAAGGGUUGGUUUUAUUGUUAGAUUCAUUUUCUUUAUUGUUUUAAGGCAUGUGAUGAUGGCACGAAGAGAAUCAAAGUUGCGGAAAUUAAAAAGGUUUAAAGUUACAACAUUGUAAACGUGUUUCAGGUUCAGCUUGUUCUCUGUGUUUAUUAGCAGGAUAUCAAAGAAGUGUCCUAUCAGGUAUUUAUUACAUUUAGUGCAGAGCUAAACUGAAAUACAUGUUGUUUUGGUUUGUGCUCAACAUCUUGAGGACGAGAUGCAUUUUUUUUCACCACUUUUACAGACUUCAUUUCAACAGACAGUAAAGGGAUGGCAUUGAUGGCAUUUACAACAACACUGUGAGAAGCUGAAAUGGUUGCAUUUUGCUUGUUCACACUCUGUAUAUUUACUCAAAGGAUUUAAAUAUUUGCUAUUCAUUCUUUCAUCAAAAUAUUAGCUUUGGAUGGCUAUUUUGGAAAGCACAGCAUGAUAAUGAAGUAAGCCUGACAAGCAUGUAUUUUUAUAUAUGUAUGCCGGUUAACUUAUGUGACUGUAAUAAGGUGGUUGCAGUAAUGUUGUAGUCAUAUUAUGCUAGAAGAGGCCUUUUUCACAGCAGACAUUUUAUCUCAUGACAGGGUCUGCAUAGGUGUAACUGAUUGUUUAGCCAUUGGUUAUGGCUGAACAAUCAGUUAAUGCUAUUUAUUACAGGUGUUCAUGUACCAUUCAUUUCCUGUUGUGAUUUCUGAAAACUUUCUUUAAGACUUUCAUGAAACAGUCACUUUACUUGAAAUGAAAUGUGUAAAUAGACAAAAUUCACAAAUUAAUUGUUCAAAUUGUUCUCAGGAAAAAAAAAUGUGAAUGAUAUUUAUAGUAGCUGGUCUACUUAAAGGUCUCUGAACAGAUUGAAGACUCCAACAAAGUCUGUAAUAUCAACCUGGAAACAGAGGUUAGAAAAAGAUUUCAAUGUUGAGGAAAUUUUCCAUGUAAAUAUAUGUUAAUAAUAAUGAUUAUAUCACAUGUACAUAUUGUGGAUACGUUUAAAUAAAGAAAAACACUAAAUCAA